AUGACAUCCACUAAUCCGUCAUCCAUCCUUAGGGAUCAUCUCUAUUCCAUAUAUGACAGGUUGAAAAGAGGGAGGCCACCUCCUUUGCUUAAGAGCACUGAUGAAGAUAUAAUCAUUUAUGGAGAGCCAGCGCCAGAAGCUACUCCAGUAAUUGAUCCCGCAUCCAUAUCAAGGUGCUGCAUAGAGAGAGGUCUAUUUCCGACAGUCCCCUUGUUUUUUCAGUAUCCAUGUAGCACCAGCAAGGAUUGGUGGGAGUGGGUUGACCAUGAGUUGAGGAAUCCGUCUACCUGUGAUAUCUUAAGCCGGGCAGGGGUGUUGGAUGCCAUCUUUAUUUCUAAGGCUUGUGACAUCCACAUAGAAGCCAAGAUGCUUCGCCACGUGGUUAGGCAAUGGAGUAUCGAGACACACACUUUCAUUUGUUCAUGGGGAGAGUUCACCCCCACACUUGAGGAUGUAGCCAACAUUUUCCAUCUCCCACUUUGCGGCAGCCAAGAUCCCUUCCGCAUUGUGUUAACUCCAGAGGACGAGCUAAAGCUUACGGCUUUACGAAAGGGUGCCCCGACCUCUCCUAGUACUUCUCUGAGGUUCAGCAAUUGGAUUCAGUUUUUCAGGGAUGGUAACCGAGAUGAGCUAUGUCGCCUUGCUGCGUUUGUGUCAUUAUGGCUUGGGAGAUUCCUCUUUUGUGAUUUCUCCCAAGACUGCUUGCACGAGAGGGUGUUUCCGUUAGCCUUGGCAAUAGCACGUGGUAGCAUGAUUCCUUUAGCCCCCAUGUUCUUGGGGCACCUAUAUCGCUUGCUCGACCAUAUUCAAUUUCUUGAGAAAGGGGCGGCCGGAACUAUGGCGGUGGAGACUUUUGCAAAUUCCAGUUUUCUGCAGAUCUUCUUAUGGGAGCACUUUAAAGGAAUAGAGGUUUCUCCACUCCCCUAUCCAAAGGCUAGGUCACUUGUUGCUUCGGACGAGGGUUCCUACGUGCCGAAUAGUCUUCCUUUGAUCUGUGGAUGGUCCCGUCGAAUGCAAGGGAAGGGUCAAAAUUUUUUAGAGUUGUUAGACGAUGUUGAGAAAUUCAUCUUCCGUCCCUACUGUGUUUCAUCAAAGGGAUUUAGCAGUAUACCCCUUUAUGCUGGUUCUGAUGUUUUGAUCGAGGCCCUAGCCAUCUCAGCGCAAGGUUGUCAGCUACGUAGAAAGGCGCUGUUAAGCGCUGCAUGCCUUCCCUUGCCCACGCUUGGUGAUGAUCACUCGGAGGUUUCUGUGCAUUAUUCUCCUUAUCGAGUUAGACAACAGCUCGGAUUUGACCAAGGCGUGCCCUCUUGUCCCAGUCAUGGAGAUUCUUUGACAUUACACAAGCUUUUUUGGACCGGGGACAGCAUGCCGGGAGAUGGCAGACCUCUCGCUCUUGCUCUGGCUAACCGACAGCGUGUUGGUGGUCUCUCGAAGGCUUACCAAAGUUAUUGGAAUCGCUGCUUCUCCUCAUUUAGCCGAUUCCACACGGCCCAUUGUGAUAUGUUGAUUCCUACCGUCAUCCAUCAUGCUCGCUUGGUAUCGGAAGAGAAGGCCAUCUCCUUGAGUGAGAAACGAAAUCUGCCAUUCAUUUCCAAAAGUGGAGCGGUUGUUGGUGAUUUUUCCAAGCGAAAAGGAAAUUGGAAGGACCGGGCUCUCAUAGUGUUGGAAGAAGCACAGCUCGUGCGAAGCGAAAGAGAGAGGAGAGCAGCAGUGCUUAAAGGAAGAAGCGAACUGCUGAUGAACUUAAAAAGUUCAUUCCGAAGGUGGCAACGAGUGGCCCCCCUAGCUUGA